AACAGAAUCUCCUGCAUAACAAUCACUGGGGAAGACUGCUUGGAAGAGAGGGUGGGGUUGUGAUGUGCUUAACUCUCUGACUUCCAUCUGACCCUUUCAAGUCAGGUUUCUCCCUCAUGGUUGCAAGGUCUCGUCCACUGAAACUCUGCUGACUUCAGAAUUAGGCACUUUCUAUAUUCAAAUCUUAUGGCACUGAAAGAAACCAUAAGAAACCAAAGUCCUGGAUACCACACUCUCUAAUUGCCCGGAUAGUUCAGCCUUUACGAAAGUAGCUAGCCCUUCUGUGUGGAUAUUAUGAAACUCUUUCCAGAGCCUUGUGCAGCUGCAGCAGGAAGAGGAAGAAGAGGGAGCUGCAGGCAGGAGAGGAGGGAGAGUCGCUGUCCUUUCAGCACCAUGGUGGGCCGCUACUACUCAGGCUAUUUGGCAGAUGAUGAAGAUCUUCAAGGAGCCCAGUUACAGAGAGACAAAUCGUCAAACAAGCCAACUGUCUCCCAAGUGAGAAAAACAUAUGACUGGAAAGCCCUGCUGAGACCAGCUUCUCCCUGUGGAUGCCACAAUCCAACCGUAACACCAGAUGUUACGGCUUUUAGCACAUUUGAGACUGACACUAAAGUGGAGAAAAAAGGGAAGCAGGAUGAUCCCAUCUCUAAUGUCCAUGGGGCUGCACAGGAUUUCUCCAAUUUUGUGGACUUCUUGGUCGACAUGGAUGCAUUGGACAGCCUCCAGCAAACCAUGGAAGAGGCAAUCCGGAAAAUAAGGGAAGUAAUAAUGGAGGAUGAAGAGGGUUUACUUGAUUUCAAAGAGGAUGUCAGUUCUAGUCCAGAAAGUGAGUCUUUGACCAUCUCCUGUCGAAAGCAGUGUUUCAGCUCAAGUCAUUAUUCCUCCACAUCCAGCUCAGAGGAAGACUGGAAAGAAUGUUUCAAAAGCAAGGCCGGGGAUAAGAUGGGCAGUGAAACCAAACUCCAGAAUCAGUGCAUGCUGGAUAAGUUUGUAGCUCAAGCCCCAAAGAAAGAAACAAGGAAGAGGAUGGAAGAAGUGGCUGGGAUAGUCCACACAAAGAGUGUUACAGAAAAAUCAGCUGAUUAUUAUUUCCGUCAAGAACACUUUCACAUUUGGGCACAAUUGGCAAAGUCUUCUGUUGGCCUCCAUGAACAACGAGCUACAUCAGAUUUUUUCUCUAAGAUUAAGAAGAAAGAUAAGUCUCAGUUUGAGAAAGACUCAUCUUUUGAUACUAAAUACAUUGAAAAAGAAAUCACAAAUGUCCAGAAACGACCCACUCCAUCCGAUACUGCUCUCUGUUAUCCUGGUCAGCAGCCAUUUGAACCCCUGGAUUUCUUAGAAGAAAAUAAAUUAGUCUCUGCUCUUCAAGAUAUUGUAAAUCAGGCCAUUCUAGAAUUAUUGAAUACAACAAAGAAAGACGGAUCCCCUUUAUUUAACAUGGCCGAUGACUCUGGCAUUACUGGUGAUUCCCAGCCAUGUGGUUCUUCACCUGGAAAUAUAGAUGAGUCGACUCAAACAGCUUCAGAAAAUGUAGAGGAGGGAAAGACAGAGGAGGAAAAGACAGAGGAGGGAAAGGAAUCCAAGUCACAGACAAGAGAGAAGACAUUAAAAGAAUCUACACAAAAAUCAAAACAUGGACCACAGUCACUUCAUAAAUCCAAGUCAAAAUCUCCACUUGAGAAACCUCCAUCGAAACCAAAAUAUGUGCCACCCCCACUUCCUAAAUCCAAGCCUAGGGCAGUAGAAGAGGCACCUCCACCCAAAGCAAAAUAUGUACCGCCCCCACUCCCUAAAUCCAAGCCUCGUCCACCAGUUGAGAAACCUCCUCCCAAACCGAAAUAUGUGCCACCCCCACUUCCUAAGCCUAAGCCAAAGAAACCGGCAAUGGCAGAAGAGGAACUUUCAUUUUCCCAGUCUACUGGUCGUUUUCUUUCAAGACAUCAGUUUUACGGACAGAUUUUAAAAACAGAUCUAUCAGGUGGACACUUGAAAGGCAAGCUUUACAGAAGACAAGAGGAGAUUGUUGACUUUCUUGUUGAAAAUGCAGCCAAACAUGUAUUGUACAAGUAUAACUAUGAAAAGUCAUUGUCAGAGAAACUUGGGUUUAUUUCAGUUCCUGUAACAAAGGUACUCCUUGAGAUAAUGUUUGGCUUUAAAAAAUUAAAAGGCAGCGGCAUAAGGUUAUCAUCACAGAUUGAUUGGGCUGAAGUAUAUCAGCAGGUAAAUGCAAAAAGACCCACUAAACCCCAAAAGCUUAGUUCAAAGAGUGGUGACAAAAAAACCGCUCAUUCUAAACCAAAAAUGAUCACUGGCAAGGUAAAAUUAAUUGAGAAACCCACUGAACAAAACAUCUCUUCUCUGCCAGAAAUAACUGAAAUAGUUCCUCUAAAAUUCCCUGAUGAUAUACCACAAAGUGGAGAGGAUUUGCAAGGUCUGGAUUCUGUUGAAGCCUUAAGACAAAUGUCAUUUUCUAGAAAGUCUAUCAUUCCCAUUGAUAGCCAGAGAAAGUUAUCUGCUGUUUUACUGGACACUGAGGGACAGAAUUCUAUAGAAUCUUCUAGGCAAUCCUUGUCUUCUCGAAGGGCUAGCAUCACCAGUGAGAGCAACAGAAAAUCACCGACAGUUUUACCAGACACGGAAGCCCAGGAUUCUGUAGAACCUCUUUGGGAAGCCUCAUCUUCUAGAAGGACUAGCAUCACCAGGGAGAGCAGCCGAAAAUCGUCAACUGUUUUACUUGACACUGAAGGCCAGAAUUCUGUAGAACCUCUAUGGCAAACCUCAUCUUCUCGAAGGACUAGUAUCAUGGAGGGGAGCAAUAGAAAAUCAUCGACUAUUUUACCAGACACUGAAGGCCAGAAUUCUGUAGAAUCUCUAAGGCAAUCCUCAUUUUCUCAAAGGACUAGCAUCACAGGGGACAGCAGCCGAAAAUCAUCAACUGUUCUCCCCAAAAUCUGAAACCC